AUGCUUCGUCGUACCAUCCCCCUGUACCACAUCGAGGACCACAACGGGCGCCACCGCCUGCUCAAGUACACACCGCAGCACAUGCACUGUGGUGCCACCAUCUGGGGUCCCAUCACACCUCAGGGCACUGGCUUCCUGGUUGUUCAGUCAGUCGCAGGAACUAAGACCAGUUUCCGCAUCGCAGCUACAGGAGUUGUCCUUGACUUGGACAAAUCUGUGACCAUAGUCAAAAAGCUCAAGCUGAUUGGCUACCCAUACAAGAUCUACAAGAACACAUCCUUCAUCAAGGGGAUGUUCAACACCGUGCUGGAGGUGGCGAAAUUCGAAGGGGCUUCCAUCCGAACUGUCAGUGGGGUCAGAGGUCAAAUUAAGAAGGCCCUGUCAACGCCGGCGGGAGCCUACAGAGCCACGUUCGAAGACAGGCUGCUGAUGAGUGACAUUGUGUUCCUGCGCUCCUGGUACCCGGUGUCAGUCCCUCAGCUCUACAACACCGUGACCUCCCUGCUGAUGCCAGCGGGCCAGAAGGACAGUUGGUCGGGCAUGAGGACGGUGGGGCCAGCUGAAACACGACCUGGGGGUCCGCAACAAGCCCAACACAGACUCACUGUACAAGCCGGUGGUGCGAGCGCAGCGCCACUUCAACAAGCUGCACAUCCCCCGGGAGCUGCAGAAGGUAUUGCCCUUCAAGAGCAAGCCCAAACAGGACCAGCCCAAGGACCUCCAGAGGCCCGCUGUCAUACGGGAGCCCCACGAGAGGAAGGUGGCGGCGCUGCUCAACGCGCUGAGCACGGUGCACAACUACAAGAGCAAGAAAGUGCACACAGUGCAGCACGCUAAGCACAAGGACUUCCUGCGGCAGCGGAGCAAGGCGGAGGAGGACAAGCUCAAGAGGCAGAAAGAGGCGAAGAAGAAGCUUUACCGUAUGAUGGGCCAGAAGGAGAAGAAGAGUCAGAGGUCCAGUCUCAAAGGGGCGCCGCAGGAUGACUGAUUUUAAAUCAAUAUGCCUCUUAAAGACCAGUGUAAUAACUUUUUGGCCUACCAAUGUAUUGGAAUAACCCUGUUUAAGCAUAAUCUGUUGUGCUGCAGUGGAGUAGGGGGAAAUUAGUGAUAUUUUGGCAAUUAAACUUAUUGUUUACUUCCCUAGUCAGAGAAACUCAUUCAUGGAUACCAUUUCUAUGUCUCUGCAUACAGUAUGAAGAAAGGAUUAGGGAAGCUGAUCCUAGAUCUGUACCUAGGCAAGUCUUCACCCAGAGCGUUAUAGCGCUAUAGAGCCCCACAGCGGAGGUGUCAUAAUACCCUAGUGGUCUAACAGGGUAAUGGUAAUCGUUUUUCCACCAUUCAUUUUCCCAUAAGGAAUUUUAGAAACACUUAAAAUAAGGGCUGUGUUUUGUGUAGGCUUAACCUGGUCGACGUUUUGAUAUCAUACAAGGUGAUUUAUCAAUAUAUUCGGCUCUAUAUACUCUGAUUCUAAAAUGCUAAUUAGACCUCAUGCAAGACUAAAAAUCCCUGCAAGAUCCUGCACGUCAUCUCUAGCUGACAUCUUUGCUAACAGGUAUUGUGUCAAUUUAAAACUUGCACAAGACAGCUCACAGAAGUGUCAAUUGUGAAGACAUGUAUUCAUUACUAAAUGUAGCUAACAUUAGAUAGUUAAUCCAGAGAUUCUUACUUUUGCCACUGUUCGGCAGUCUCGUUCAGAUCAUCGUGGCAUUUAGUUCUUUAUGAUGGCCACAUUAGUGUUUCAAUUCUAAUAUAUUGAUAAAUUCUAAUAUAUUGAUGAAAGCCACCAUGUCCUAGACUUGAUAGAUUUACAUGGUUAUCAAAAUAUCACUCCAGGAUAAACCUACAUGAAACACGGCCGUUAUUAUUUUCUAAAACCCCUAUGGGGGAAAAUGAAUUGGUCGAAAAGCGAUUGGAACCAUUUCCUUGUUUGACCGCUAGGUUUUCUGGGUAUGAAGACUCAACCUAGGGUACUUUAAAGUCAGAUACAAAAGAGUCCUCUGUCUCUAUGGCCUGUUGUCAUACAUCUGCCCUCUCAUUGGCUAGAAUGGUCCCAUCUGAUCUCACCUCCUCCCACCUGCCUUCCAUCUUUGAGAACAUGUAUUUUCAUUGUUAGUGGUCACUCGUAUAUAGAUUAACACAGGCUAAGGAGAUCUUACACGUUUUUGUUCUGAGAUAGUCAGUUAACAUGACCUUAAUGAAUGCCUUUUGUGCUUGUUGUGAUUACAUGAAUGCUUCAAAGUUCAAAAAGUGACGUUAGCUAAUGAACAUAUUCUCAUAGAA